GGGACGGCAAAAAUGGCCUCUGCUUAUCUUACUCACCAGCAAAAAGUGCUGCGGCUAUACAAGAAAUCACUGAGGCACCUCGAGUCAUGGUGCAUAUUUAGAGAUAAAUACCGUUUCUAUGCCUGCAUGCUGCGGGCUCGCUUUGAUGAGAACAAAGAUGAGAAGGACAUGGUGAAAGCAACCAUGAUGCUGAAAUCAGGAGAGGAGGAGUUCUGGUCCAACCAGCAUCCCCAGCCCUACAUCUUCCCCGACUCUCCUGGGGGAACCUCCUAUGAAAGAUAUGAGUGCUACAAGGUCCCAGAGUGGGUGUUAGACCACUGGCACCCCUCAGAGAAAUCCAUGUAUCCUGACUACUUCUCCAAGAGGGAGCAGUGGAAGAAGCUGAGAGCGCAGAGCUGGGACAAAGAGGUGGCUCAACUGGUGGCUGAGACUCCAGCUGCAGGCCCCAGGACCGAAGCCCUCCCUCCCGCCCGCAAGGAGGGGGACCUGCCCCCCCUGUGGUGGCAGUAUGUCACCCGCCCCAGGGAGCGCCCCACAUAA